AUUCUCAUUUGUUUCUUUUCAAUACAGGUUGUGGUCUUGCUAUCACCAUGAACAAAAUUUCCCUGGAGAGUUUAAAACUGAAACAUUAUAUCAUCGCUACCUUUGGGCUUCUGGGCAGUGCCAUGGCGACCUAUGGUGUUUUACGUGUUUUGGGGUUGAAUCCUCUCUGGUCAAUGGACAGAGCUGUGAAAUGGUGCGCCAAACAAGAGUACAUUCACCUGGAUACUACUCCUUUCUUCUCGAUGAUGCGUUAUUGUGGUUUCAUGUUGGGUAUGGGCCUUGGUCUCAACUCUGCAUUUAACAAGAAAGCCAGUGAAGUUCCAUUCUCUUCGGGUAUGAAAAUAACAUCCGCCAUUUUGGCUAUUGGAGUAGCUAAAUUGUCCGAGAGAGUUCCCCUGGCAAAGUUUAAUAUCGGCUUCUUUUACUUCUCAGCAUUCGUCGCUAACACCAUCCUACCAUUCUUGAUGAUUGCCAUGGUUCCUUACAUCGUGUCCAGAGUUUGGCCAGUCAUUGUUAGAGGUGUGGACAAGAGAAAGCAGCAUUGGAAUUUAGUAAAUAAUUAAUAGAAGAAAUGUUAGCUCGUGCUGCUUUUU